GUCAAAGAAAAUCGAAACAUUGCGUUUUCUCGCGAUUCUAUUUUCUUAACUAAAGCUUAAAUUAUCAAUCAUGCUACCAUUUAUCUUCUUGGUAAUUGGCGUUCUUGCGCAGCAGACGUUCGCUGAAGAACCCGAAGCGAUCGUCGGUGGUCAGACCGCCAGACCAGGUGAAUUCCCGCACCAAGUUUCCCUGAGAUAUAAGGGCAAUCACGUUUGUGGCGGCUCCAUCAUCGCCUCGACUAAGAUUCUGACUGCUGCACAUUGCGUAACAUUUACACAACCACCCUACGAAGACUUUAAAGUUGCCACUGGGUCUGUCUCAAUCACUGCAGGAGAACUCCAUAACGUGGAGAAAAUUAUCGUGCAUCCGCAAUACUCUGAUAAAUAUGAAGAUGCUUGGAAAAAUGACAUCGCUGUGAUUAAGCUCGCAUCGCCGAUUCAAUAUAAUCAAUUCCAAAAACCGAUCCCCCUCGUCAAGUCUGAACCUCUCCCUGGACAGAUAUGUUCUUUAUCAGGAUGGGGUAGGAUACGCACGAACGGACCGCUCCCGAGCAUACUUCAAAAGAUGGUUCAAAUUGUGGUCACACGUGACCAAUGUCAGAAACAGAACCCUGAUGUGCCCUUGACCGGCAGUCACUUAUGCAUGCUCAAUCGUUCGGGAAUUGGCGCUUGCCAGGGUGACAGUGGUGGCCCGCUCAUCUGUGGCGGCGUACAGACUGGUGUUACCUCCUGGGUUGCUCCUUGCGCUAAGGGUUAUCCUGAUGUUUACACUGAUGUCUAUUAUCAUCACACCUUUAUUAAUAACGCCUAAGAAAAUGCAUGAAAGCAAUCUAUAAGACAUAAACUAUAUAAAUUUGUUUAAUUUAUAUUACAUAUCAACUGGUACCAACGCGUUGAAAGAAUUCAUUGCUGC